AGCAGUGUGAGUGUGAAGGUACCAGCGUGUGGACUGGUGUGUUGGUUCCUCUUGGCAAGUAAUUGGUUUAGUGUUUUGAGAGUUGAAAAUGGUGGUAGAAGCCAUUCCAGAGCUUCUCCAACAGCCUACAGUAAGCCCCCUGCAAUCCAGCCACCAUGAGAUUUCACACCUCCAGGGAAGUGAUGGAGGUGACAGUGAAUAUGAAAGUGCUGAUGAGGAAGAGCUUGGGGAAGAGGAGGAGGAGGAAGAAGAUGAGCUUAUUAUUAUGCCAGAUGGGGUAGUCUUAGGGGAGGACAAUAAACAAUUAGAUGAUGAUGAAGAUCGAAAAAACCCUCAGUAUAUCCCGAAAAAAGGGACAUUUUAUGAGCAUGAUGACCGUACUGCUGCCGAGGACGAUGUAGAAAAACCUGCAGAAGAACCAGUAAUUAAAAAGGAAGUUGGGAAGAAGAAAGUGUGGAAGGAAGAUGAUAAAUGGAACCAUGAUAAGUUCGAUGAGUUUGAACAAGCUCCCAAGUCCCGUGAAGAAUUGAUUUCAAUAUAUGGUUAUGAUAUUCGUAAUGAAGAAGGUCCGCCAAGGGCUCGGCGUAGAAGACGAUAUGGACGUGGUCCUAAUAAGUACACACGCAAUUGGGAGGAUUUAGAUGCCUACGCCAAACCUGUCCGUGGGGCUGUCCGUGGAGGUCCUGGAAGAGGUGGUUCUAGAUCUUUGACUGGCAGCAGGAAAACUCUAGAUAAUGAUGAAGAAUUCCCUGCACUCAAUUCUCCUCAGCAAUAUAAAAACCAUGAUGUCGACAAAUAUAAUGAAGAUCACAGCAAGUUUGAAUCUCAUUCACCUAGACAUGAACCACCUGGAACAACUGUCGACAAUCUGCAUAUUGGUGACAAUGAAAAUCAUAAACAGCAGCAAGUACCGCUGCUUCCACAGCAGCAGCAGCAGCAACAACAGCAACAACAGCAGCAGCAGCAGCAACCUCCACCGCACCAUCAACAUCAGCAACAACAACAACAGCUGCACAAGAAUUCUGGCAUGAGUCCCCAACCCCAAGAUGUACGUGCUGAUGGUUAUGGUGGACGUGGCAGAGGUGGCAGAGGACGUGGAAGAGGUAUUGGCCGAGGCCAUAAUAGAGAACGAGAUCAACAUAGAUAUAACGAUGAACGAGUAGGCCACAACUAUCAAGACAAUCGAUCAAUUGGGCGUGGUAACCGAGGACACCAACAAAGGAUACCUCAGCAACAUACUACUCAUGCCCCCAGAGACGUAGAAGAGAUAACGGCAGAGUUGAAGAAUGUUACUCUCAGUUUGCACAGCCGAGAAGAGAGCUACUGGGGGAGAAAUCGUGGCGGAAGUGGAAACGUGGAUAACAGGCGGAACAUAGUGCCUCCUAGGCUACAAGAUACGGCAGCUGCUGCAGCUAAUAUGCAAGGUCGAGGCAAUCGUGGUGGUAAUGCAUCCCCAGGAGGAGAUGGCUCUUCUUCUCGACCUAAAAGAUACUCAUCUCAGAGACAACGCUCCAUCCCAGAACAGCAGGUUCCUCCCUUCCCACAGCAGCAUGGCUUUAUGGAUCCAUCUGUAGAGACAGGUUAUGAGGCAGGAGUUAAUGAUGGAGGGAUUGUAACACCAACAAGCCAUACAGUGACAGCUCCUCACACUCAGCAUCCCUUAGCUGCGGGUGCUCCUCCAUCCUUUGUUCCUCCUGCCUUCACUUCCCCUCCAACUUACCCGCCGGAGCCUUUCUUAGGAAGACCUCCUGCGCCUCGCAUGUUCCCACCGGUCACACAGUCACCGCACAUCUUCGGUCCCCCAGUUGCGCCACCUGUUCCUGGACCGCCUGUAGCCGGUCCCCCUCCAGUGGCAGGCCCUCUAGGUGCUCCUCCGGUGGGUGCACCCCCAGUCCCUGGUCCUCCAGUUACUGGUCCACCAUUCUUACCCCCUGAGAACAUGAUUAAUUAUGGAGCUCAUCCUGGUCCUCACCCUGGGCCCCUCCCAGGAGCUGCUCCUCACCCACCUCAGUUUCCACCAUUCCAGGGUUACACUCCUGGCCCUGUGUCACAGCCCGGGGAGAUCUACAGCAAUGGUGUGACGUAUUACAACACAGAGAGUCAGCAGCACUUACCAAGAAGUAAUCCACGACUACAGAAAAGGCCAAAGGCAGCAAUUCCGAUAGUGCCUCCUCCUGAGCGGGAGAAUAAGAGGGAAGAAGGAACUAUUACCCAAGAGGAAGCUUCAGAGGAAGUUAUAGUAGAGUGUGAGAUGCAAGAUUACGAACACUUACCUUCUAGUAAUGUUGAAUCUUCUCUUCAGUGUGAUCCCAAUGAAGGACAGCUCCAAUCUGAAGAUUCUUUCAGUAAUGACAUUGUAAAUCAAUCCCAACAGCCUUUGCAACAAGAUACACAAGAACAGGAAUGCAAGGAUUUAUUGCAGAAGGAUAUCACUCCCUGUGACUCUCAUCCACAGCAGGACACUAAUAAUGAGACCACCACAAGCACUAUAUCUGACCAUAUAUCUGACCAAGUAAUUUCAUCUGACAAUAAUGAUGAAUCACCCAAGGAGCCAUCAGUUGAAUCUUUACCACCUGAGCAAAAUAAACAAAAUAAAGAAGUAGUAGAAUCAGAUCAGGUUUCUGACACAGCAGUAGCAGCUUCAUAAUAUUCUCUCUUUAUAAAAGUUCCCUUUAUAGGACUGGAAGGUAUUUAUUACUAUUUUAACUAUUUUACCAAUAUGAAAGGGUCUCUCCAGUCAUUAUAAAUUAUUAUAUAUUUCCGUAUUCCAUAAUUGUAGACAAAUUGCUUCUCACAGUGCAUUUUAUAUCUUAUAGCUUUAUGAAAUGUUCUAGUUUAAUUUUGGUAAUUGUUGCAUUUGAUGUAUCGGGUAUGCAUAAUCUGUGUACUGUAAGUAAAGAUAGAGUCUCGGGUAGCCGAGUCUCAUUUACUAUAAAAACAUUUAAAAGAUUAGAGUUUCUGCUUUUGGAGAUAUACUUUGUGCAUCCCUCUGUUUCAUUUUAUGAAUUAUAUAAAUGAAUAUUGGUAUAAUUAUUAUAUGUUAGGAGACCAGAAUCUGUAUAUUUACUGGAAGAAGAAAUCCUAAAUCCUUUCACUGUUGUGUUCAUGGAAGUUUAAAAUGCCUGGGCUACUAUGGAAUAUGGUAAACAUUUAAAUGUACUCAUGAAUACUCCAGCUAUACCAUAUCAAGGUUUAAAUUAUCUAAAAAUUCUGAUGCGACAGAUAACGUACCAUAAAAAAUUAAGUACAAUAAUUGCUACUUGAAUGUCAUGUAGAAAACUUGAAUCACAUUUGGCUUGUUUAUGAGUAUAAUUGUGUAUUGUUUAUCAAGACUGAAAGGUCAUAUGUGAAUGCAUUUAUAUAAAACCUUUUGUAAUGGGAGUGGGAGAAUACACUUUGGGUAUUUUAUUUUUAUUUUUUUUUUUUUUAUUGUAGGGACAAUUGGUUUAGAAUUGCCUUGUAUCUUAUUUUAAGCUGGAGUCAACAAUGACAUUACCCCUUUUGUAUGAUUGAAACAAGGAAGUUUUCAAUCUUAAUGUUUGUUAUUAAUUGGUUUAUAUUUUAUUUGUUCAGAAACCUGUAAUAUACAUAUUUGAAUGACAAA